AUGGUGGGUUUGGCCGCCGGACGAGCGGUGCCAUUCAACAGGUGCAGCGGCAUGCGGGCGGCCGGGUAAGCGGCGUCGCGCGCGCCAUGUCCGGCAAGCCACGCGUCAAGCAGCGCCACCGGUCGCCCGAGCUGUGUGUGCACCGGGAGAUCAAGAGGACGCUUGACCGCUGCCUGGAGCCGUGCGGCGUCUAUCUCUGCACGGCCCUCUCGCCGCGCUGCCUCAUCCUGCACAAGGUGUCCUCCGGAGCGGCGUGCUCGGCGGGCCUGAACCCCGAGGCGCACGUGUUCCAGCUGGAGCCGACGCUGGCCGAGCCGGCCGAUGGGCCCGUGCACAUAGCCGUGCAGGACUGGGAGACUGACGGAGCUGCCGCCGACGGCACCGGCUACGUCUUCAGUCCGUCUGACGGCGCCUCCGUGUCGCCCCAGUCGUCCGCCGAAGGCUCCUCACUAUACGUGAAUGGUGUGGAGAAAGCCGUCAGCGAGUACGCAGUGACGCUUCCCAUGAACGGAAACGGGCUGUUGAGCCAGGGCAGCCCCCAGGCAGUAUCAAGAGGACGCUUGAACCGCUGCCUGGAGCCGUGCGGCGUCUAUCUCUGCACGGCCCUCUCGCCGCGCUGCCUCAUCCUGCACAAGGUGUCCUCCGGAGCGGCGUGCUCGGCGGGCCUGAACCCCGAGGCGCACGUGUUCCAGCUGGAGCCGACGCUGGCCGAGCCAGCCGAUGGGCCCGUGCACAUAGCCGUGCAGGACUGGGAGACUGACGGAGCUGCCGCCGACGGCACCGGCUACGUCUUCAGUCCGUCUGACGGCGCCUCCGUGUCGCCCCAGUCGUCCGCCGAAGGCUCCUCACUAUACGUGAAUGGUGUGGAGAAAGCCGUCAGCGAGUACGCAGUGACGCUUCCCAUGAACGGAAACGGGCUGUUGAGCCAGGGCAGCCCCCAGGCAGUUGAGCCCGGUCUGGCCGUGCCGGGCGGCGCCGCGCCGCCGUCCGCCGAGCCGCUGAUGGCCGGCCCGCCGCCGCCGCCGCCGGCGGCGCCCGUGCUGCAGCAGACCGGGCCCGUGUUCUACCCGACGCCGCAGAUGGACGGCAGCAUACCGCUGGAGCAGCUGAAGCAGCGGCUGCAGCACCAGCUCGAGUACUACUUCUCCAGGGAGAACUUGGCUAACGAUACUUACCUGAUGUCCCAAAUGGACAGCGACCAGUAUGUUCCUAUAUCGACGGUGGCCAACUUCAACCAGGUCAAGAAGCUGACCAACAACAUCGACCUCAUCACGCAGGUGUUGAAAGACUCGCCCAACGUGCAGGUGGACGGGACGUGCACGCGCGUCCGGCCCAACCACAAGCGGUGCACAGUGAUAUUGCGCGAGGUGUCCGAUGCCACGCCCAUGGAGGAGGUCAAGGCCAUCUUCGAGAGCCCGAACUGCCCGAAGGUGGUGAACGUGCAGAACGCGCGGCUCAACAACUCGUGGUACGUCAACUUCGAGUCCGACGAGGACGCACAGAUGGCGUACCGCUACCUGCGCGAGGAGGUGCGCUGCUUUCAGGGCAAGCCGAUUAUGGCGCGUAUCAAGGCGCAGCCCAUCAUCAACCGCAUGUACAACCCGCCGCCGAGCGCGGCCAAGAACGGCUUCGUGGCAGCGCCGGGCGGCGGCGAGCCGCCAGCCGCCUACCAGGUGAACGGCAGCGUGCCGGCCGGCCGCUACACAUACACGGUGGGCACGCCGGCGUCGGCGCCGCCAGCCGCCACCGCCGCCGUCGCCGCCUCGGCCGCCUACACCCAGCCGCAGCAGAACCAGUUCGGAGCCUUCUACCAGCUGCCGCAGCCGUACUUCCCGAAUCUGUCCGGCUUCUACGGCACGCCCAGUACGGGCCUGUUCGAGCUGAGCUCGGCGCCCGUCUUCACCUUCAACGGCCUGGCGCCGCAGGCCACGUUCAAGCAUGGCGCGGCGAACGGCCGCUUCAGCGGCGGCGGCGGCGGCGGCAGCCGGAACAGGAACCCGAAGCGAAGCCAGUCGGGCGGCUCUGUGGACCACAGCCGGAGUAUGGGUCUGCAGGGCGCCUACAAUACUCAGGGCCACAGCGCGUACCAGCCGGUGCACGUGCAGGGUCUGCCGCCGGGACCGGGCGGCACGCACAGCUACUCCAACGGCCGGGGCAGUCGCAGCGCGCACGCGCGCAGCUACAGCAACGACUACGGCCGGCCCGAGCCGGGGCACUGGCGGCGCCGGGCCGCAGACCGUUCGCGGCUCGCCGAUGUGGUCAAGGGAACGGCCAAGCCGGCUGCCAAGCCGGCGCCGGCGGGCGCCAAGCAGCAGUCGCGGCCUGACUCGCCAGUGCUGCCGGAGCCGGCCGAUCCGCCCGCUGCUGGUGGCUCCGGCGCCAACAAGGAGAACGAGUUCAGCUCGCUGCCGCUGGCCACCACGCUCAGCUAUGCGCAGAUGGCGCAGCGGGGCCGCGAGAAGAACGAGAAGCUGGCGCAGGAGGUUAAGGAGCGCGACGUUAAGGAGCGCGAGGAGGAGAAGAAGGCGGCCGCCAAGCCGCCGCCGGCCGCGGCCACCGCCGCGGCCACUGCCGCCGCCGCCGCCGCCGCCGCGCCGCCGGCCGCCGCCCAGGGCGUGCAGCGCUCCAACAGCGCGCGCAAGCCGGGAGAGGACAAGCGGAGGCCGCUGCCCGAGAAACUGGAGCGGCCUGUGCGGCGAGAUGUGCGUGACAUUCGCGAGGUGCGGGACCCGCGCGAGGCGGGCCGCGAGCCGCUCGACGCGCGAGACGCUCGUGAAGUGCGCGACGCCCGCGAGCCGCUGGACUCGCGUGACCUGCGCGACCCCAGGGAAGCGCGCGACGAACGCCGACGAGUUGAAGACCGGAUAGACCGGCCCAUCAGGAAAGAGUGCGCCCGCUCGCCCAAGUGAUAUAUACACCCAGUCUGCAUACCAGUGAUCCAUUGUGCAAUCGACGUUUCUCAAUUGCGAAGAGGGUGCCUGUGAUGCGGCGGCGGACGGGAGCGGCUGGCCGCCUGGCCGGCCGGCCGGCCGCCGGCCAACAAGUGCCUCACGUACGGAUAUCCACGGUUGCGCGCGGGGCGCCUGGACGGGCGCGCUCGUGCGCGCGCGCGCGCUGGCUGGCUGGCGGGCGGCGGGCGGGACGGCGCGCGGCCGACCGCCACCUAGUCCGACGGUUGUGCUCGGGGCGCGCGCGUCACGUGCCCGCUGUGUGCGUGUGUGCCAAAUGAAUCAAAAGUGGACGCGCUGCUCACGGCGCGCGCCGGCCCGCCGCGCAGCGCCCCGCCCCAUCAGCUGGACGCGCCGGCGCGCUCGUAUUUAUACGGUGCGGAUUGUGAGAGUCGGGUUAUUUUUGACGAGCGAGGUGGCUGGCGCUCGGCGGCGGGACGGCCCCCGCCCCGGCCCCGUGGACGCAGCCGUCGCUGUUUUGUUGUACAUAGACGGGCUGUGAGUUGUUGAGGAUUUUGUCGUCUUGAUUGGGUUGUGUCGCUUGGCGUGUGCGCCGCUCCGUUCCCCUCCUCUUCGCUCUCGCUGCGCUUCGGUCGCGCCUCCUUUCCGUCGCUCGGCCGGCCGGCCGGCCGCCGCCGCCGCCGCCGUCGCCGUCGCCGCCACCGGCGGCACCGAUCCCGAUCUCCGCCCUCACCGCCGCCGCCGCCGCCGUCGCCGUCGCCGUCGCCGUCGCCGUCGGACGCAACUCGGUGUAGCUAAAUGUGUGUGUCGGUUGCGUGCGUGCUGGCCGCCGCGGCCCCGCCCCCGGUGGGUGUGACGUCCCGUCCUGCCCCGCCCCGCCUAUCGCGGCCGUCACCGGGGGCGCGCGCGCUCGUUUGGGGAUUGUUGCGCGGCCGGACGGCGCCCGGCAGCCUGGGAGGAGCCGGGCGGCCGCUGUUUUAACCUAAUGACUGCUGAUGCGUAUACUGCCGGGGUCUGCCCAUGCUAAUUUUGUAAUCGGGAGUGAUUUGACAAAUCCUAGGUUUGCUCUGGAUUCCUCGCACAUGCAGUUGCUCAGAAGAAGGCGUAUGGUAUGAUAUUGUAUGAUUUGUUUUACUAGUUGUGUUAAUUUUUAUAUGUAUAUAAGUGAAUUUGGUUUCGAGCGCAGCAUAUCCUGCCCCACCUACAUUCGAUCCGCUCUCUAGGGGAGACCGCCCCCGCCCGUCUUCCGCGGCUGCGGCCGGGGGCGGCGCGCGCCCGCUGGCCGGGCCGCCCGCCCGCCUGCCUGCUGACACUGGCUCGGUGCACCCUGGGCGCGGCGGCGGCCGCCGCGGUGGCCGCGCCACCACCGAUGCUCUGUAUAUAUACUGUGUAAGCCGGGUCAGUGUUGGCGCGACGCCCGGCGGCCGCCUCCCCCCUCCCCCUCCCCCCGUCCGCGGCCUUCGGACGCGCCGCCACAGGUGACCACGCCCGUGCUUAGCCCAUCACGCAAAAUCGGUCGUCGUUGGUGUCGUAUGCUGUUCGGCUAUGAUUGAACUUUCCGUGCCUUUCAGUGGUAGUCCUGGUGCUGCGGUAGUAAUUGUCGAGAACAUGGGUCCCUCCCCGUUAGAUUUUAUGUCCGGAUGUGUACCUGCCAGUGUUAUCAGCUUGGGGUAUUAGGUUCUGUUGAAAUUAAGUUUGAAAUAAACUUGCCUACAA